UCCCGCUUCUGUUAGUAUCGCUCCUAUCCUUGAUAAUGCCAGGAAAACUGAAUCUGCUAGCACCGUUGGUGGCAUGCAAUCAUCUAAUGGCAAACCUAAAACGCCUAUCAUAUUGCCUGAUAUUGGGGAUGGUUAUUUGCCACCCACUUCAGAAUUUGUACCACCCAAAACCGGCUAUUAUGGGCAGAUACCAUCAAUUCCUUUUUCGAUCCGCCGAACGCCGAAUAAAGAACCUGGACCUCAGACGUCCACAUCUGGGCCAAGCAGCAGCAGACCAGAAUCUUCUAUUACGGCAACAGGUACUUCUGUGGCGGGAUCUGAAACCCCUAAGCAAUUUGGAGGGAAAGCAGGGCCUGCAACUAGACCAAGUGAUCCUCUACCCAGUACUACGGGCUCAACGUCUGCCACAGCAACGAGGGGGCCAGGGUCUGUGUUUGAACCCAGCGGGCCUAUAACACCUAGUGCCGAUGCUGGCCAAGCACCUGGGUCUUCAAGACGCGGAACAACGAAUGCAAUUUCGGUGUCAGGCUCUAGAGACCCAGGAUCAGAAACUAGAACACCUGGGACUGUUGUUUCACCUGGACCAGGUAUCAGGAAACCAGGCUCACCGUCAGAUAGACCUAAAGCAGAUAAAAGACCAGGAUCUAUCUCUGCAUCUCGUAAUCCGGAAUCACCUAACAGGAUUCCAGAAUCUGAGCCUGAAAGUGGCAGACCUGUAAGCACAAGUGGGACACUAGGAUCAACAUCGGUAUCUGUGAAACCUGGGACAAAGAGCAGAAUACCAUCAAAUGAAAAUAACGUUGACGGAGCUCGCAGACCCGGCCCAGGGAACAGAAGACCAGGAUCCAACAUUGGUACUGGAACGUCCACGAGACCUUCGAAACCCAUUCUUGGAAUCGGUAGGCCGAAACCAGAUGAUAGCAAACGGUCAGGAGAUCAAGUGGGAUCUGGUAAUCCCAGAGCACCAAACAGAAGGCCGAGCCUGUCAAGGCCUGGGUCGACGGCGCCAGGCCUCGUAUCUGAAGUUGGUAUGCCAGAGACCAUAGAUAAAAUCCCAACGUCUGUAAUUGAAACUGGUAAACCUGGAUCGUCGGGCUCGGAGACUGAUUCUGUGCCUGGGUCUGCGAGGCCGGGAACAAACAUAGGAAUACCCGGGCCUCUUUCAGGAAAUGAUAAAGCUGGUGCUUCAAAUAUAUUCCCCAAGGCUACAUCUGGAAAGCCUGGAGCAAGCAAAAAUUCAGCACGUGUAACGCCAGGCUCAGGGACAAACAGAAGGCCUGCACCAGUCCGCAAGACAACAAAGCCUUCUGGAGAUGACCAAUCAGGAAUACAACCUGGAUUGCCAGGAUCUUCUGGUGGGAUCACAACAUCUGACUCGACAAAGCGUAGACCUGGAUUUACGGUUGAUAGCCCGAGAGGGGGCAAUGACAUUCCAGGCUCACUGUCAGGGACGGACCAACCUAAAACAAAUAGAAUACCAGGGUUUGUGCUACAGCCUGGAAAGCCUGGGGAAAGAACACCUGGAUCCACCAGCCCUGGGUCAACCAGCAGAUCGCCUGGCUCUGGUACCAGAACGCAAAGUCCGGGAACAUCCGAUAGAACGCCGGGGAUUGUACAGAGCUCUAAUAAGCCAAGUUCAACACGUGACGGAGGCCCGGGAUCUGUUGUAGGUAUUGGCAAGACCGGUUCAUCAAUCAAAACCGCGGAACCUGCAUUUGGAUCGAGACCUGGACUCACUAGCAAUGCGGGAGACCGUACAUCCGGACCAGUUCAGCCAGGAACAGCAAGUAAAACGCCAUUGCCAAGUUUGGAGGCUAUUCAGUCCGCGGCACCAAAAAGAACCCCAGAAGCUGUAACUGAAUCCAGUAGCCCUGAAGCCGGGAGCAGGGCUCCGCUGCCGGGGCCUACCGCGGGAGUUUCUGGUAGACCAGUGACAGGCAACAGGUCCCCAGGGUCCUUUGGUACUCCUGACAAGCGAGGCCCGGGUCGUGUACCGGUAUCGAGUAGACCCGAAACAGACAGGGUACCGGGACGCAUUGGAACGGACAACUCACGUGCACCAAAUCGAGUGUCCGUGCCUGCUAAAGAAACUGGUAAGCCUGAAUUGUCAACAAUCAGUGGGCAAAGGCCGGUAUCUCUCAGGCCCGGAACAGCUAAUAGGACGCCGGGAUCCGUUGCCGGGAAGACAGAGACACCAAGCGAGGUGAUCCAGGAAGCCGAAAAGUCAAAACAAACCACUCGUAUCCCCGGAUUAGGUGGGUCGUCUAAAAAACCUGGACCAACAAGCAAACUGCCAGGGUCUUCAGCUGAAAUUGGUGCACCUGGGACAACGGGUUCGCUUGGAUCAGUUGGAGGGAACAAUAGACCUGGAUUGUCAGUCAGAGAACCUGGCUCAGUAUCGAGCAGGCCUACGGCAGGUAGAAGAACAACAGGUUCCGUUAGAGGAACCAAUAAACCUGGGGCACCAAAUACAAGACUAACAUCUAUCUCCUCCAAUCCUGGAUCUACUUCUACUGCAACGAGAGUUACAGCAGGCCCUCGAGAGUCUGCAUCCGGCGUAAACACGCCUAGCUCGGUAUCAGGAAUUGGCAAGUUUGGAAGACCUAGAAGACCUGGCUCUGUUGCAGUGCCCAGUAAGUCAUCAUCAGGUCGUGUAACCCCAGGGUCCCCGUCGAAUCCUGAAAUAAGUGGAUCCUUUGAUAAAGAUUCAGAAGCACCCAGAGUUGUAUCUACUGGUGGAAAGAAAACAGAAAGUAAGGAUCUUCCGGACAUUGGAGAUGGCUAUUUGCCGCCAGACUCAGAGUUCACUCCCCCUAAGACAAGCUACGCGGGUCUUCCUCCGUCUUCUGGCAGACCUUUCAAUAGAAGUCCGUCACUCCUGAACAAACCAGAAACAUCGACCGAUCCGAAAUAUGGUAACAGACCUGGACAAAUAGUGACUUCGGCACAGUCUGACCCGAAAUUGCGUCCAAAUGCCGUUCCUACAGGUCAACGGAUUCCUCCUCCAAGUCGUCAAGCAGGCGUUUUAAAGCGACCCAUUGCCUCCAAACCUUUGCCAGAGGUUCCUGAAAAAGAACCAACGGGCCCUGAUGGCCGUGGGCGAGAGCCCCCUAGAAGGACCACAGUUAACGGAAAAUUACCAGGAUCUUCUCAGCAAAAGAUACCUGUCCCUGGCAGACGCCGCCCUAUAUCAGUUGGCAAGACAAAACAAGAGCCGAAUACAAGUGUCGCCAAGCCUCUGCCUCAGCGAGGAACUGGAACAGCACCUCAAAGACGUCCAUCACGGCCAGUAAGCCGCCGACCAAGUGUUGAACAAGGCUCUUCUGGAGAUCCCAGCAGUUCUCAGACACCUGAGGUACAGCAGUCCUCUCGGGGCUCACUUCAGUCAGUUUCUGGACGACCAACAGCGGCGGACAGGCCUAGCGUCCGGCCACCAGCAAAUGUGUCUCCUCAACGUGUGAGGCCUGGUUUGUCCAGUCGUCGACCAGCCUCCGGACCAGGCAUCUCCGUACCUCGUCCUGUUGGUCAGGGUCCCGAUUCUCCUAGCCAGAUUGGUAGCAGUCGACCGAAUUCCCAAACCUCACCACAACGGCAGACAUCUCGGCCUACAAGCGGAACAGGGGGCCGACCUAGCACCUUCCAAGCUGGGGGAGUAUCUGGACCAUUGCGUCCCCGCCCUGUUUCUCGUCGACCUGGGUCUGGUAUCAGUGAAGAGCCCAAACAAAUAACUUCAGGUGGCUCCAGCCAACGGCAGCAACCGCGGCCGAUCAACAGACGUCCAAGCAGCGCCAUUGGUCAGGUCGUAGCCACAAAGCCCUCAAGUGGUAAAUCGCCACAGAUCUCGCGACCUGGUACUCGUCAGCCAAGUCGCACUAGACCGACUGGUGUGUCUCAACCAACAGCGCUUAGUUCGGUCGAAAGCCUACGACCUCGUCCUGUAAAUGGCCGUCCAAAGCCCACCGGGCAGAGAGGUGAGACGCCUGAAUCAUUGCCCACAAGGCCUCUGGGUGGAGAUGGAACAGGCACCGCCCAGCCAAGUGGAUCCGUAAAUGAAGUUUCUCCACAGGGUCCGACGUCUGUUCCUAAGAGCAGACCUAGUUUUGGUAGGGUCCCCAGUUCCAGACCAAACAAUCAGACAUCGCCUCAAAGGCGGCCUUCUUCCCGAGCUCCAGUUAGUCGGUCAGGCUCAAUCCAGACUUCCAGUGAUCCGAAGCCAGCGGCUGAAAAGUUCUCCCCAGCACGCAGACCGCGCCCUGCUUACAGUCGACCAGCAUCCAGCAAACCAGCUGAUCCUAAACAAACGGCGAUUCCCGAAUCUCGUCCAGACCAGACAAUUAACCCUGUUCUUAAUCAGCCCAAAACUCCCGGGAUUGCGGAUUCAUCCAUAUCGACAUCCCCUCAGAGACGUCCUCGUCCACCUUACUCGCAACCGAUCACUGGCGUCCAAACGGACUCGUCCCAAACAAAGGCAGGUGAAUCUCCUGAAAAGCAACCCGUUGCUGCCAUCCGUCCGUCAUCCUCUGGAGGACAACAAAAGCUUUCUUCGAAGCCUGAAACGUCCCCGCAGAGAAAACGACCUCGGCCUGCCUACAGUCGCCCGAGCUUGCCAAGACAGCCAAGCUUUCCCCAGACUAUAAGGGGUCAAUCCCCUGUCAGCCAGAAGCCCGGUAGUUCCAGCCGUCGACCGAUUGUUUCAACCGAGGGACAAAGGACAGGUGAUCUUAGCCGAAGACCUUCCACCACAGGACAGUCUGAAUCUCCGAAAUCUGAGACUGAUGCAGCUGUUCGACCUGACGUUCCCAGGAGAAGACCCGGUGCUGCUGCCAUUCGAAGGCCGAUUGCCACAGGACAGGAGCCCGGUGUGCCCAGCCGGAGGCCUAUCGCAACUGGACAGGCUGGAUCGCGUGAAACGGAGGGAGAUCGGGAAGAGAAACCUGGUGCUCCUGUCCGAAGACCUUUUGUUACAGGAACGACUGGAUCACCCGAAAUAGAGGGAACUCGGGGACAAAGGCCUGGUGUUCCCGGCCGAAAACCUGUUGUUUCGGGACAAACUGGGUCACCCGAACUUGAUGAGGGAACUCGGGGACAGAGACCUGGUGUUCCUAGCAGACGACCUGUUGCCUCGGGACGACCUGAGACAUCCGGAACUGUGGGAGAUCAAGUACAGACACCUGUUUCUCCCAGCAGAAGGCCUGCCUCCACAGAACAGGCGGGCUCGCCUGGAACGGGGGGAAAUCAAGGACAGAGACCUGGUGGUUACAACCCAAGACCAGUAGCCACAGGACAGAGUCCUAGUGUCCCCAGUCGGAGACCUGCAAGACCUACUGCUGUGGAGCAAACUGGAUCACCUGGAACAGAAGGAAGCGUUGGACGGAGACCUGGUUCUCCCAGCCGGCGUCCCUCUAACGGACAGCGCGUCUCGCCAGUAACAGAUGUAGAAAAGCCUGGAGUCAAAAUUUCCCGUUUUGACAAUAUACUGCCCGGUCCAACUAUUCAGCCCGUGUUGGUGGGCUCAACUGACAGCCAGAAUCUCGAGCCGACACCCAACAAACAAUCAUCUCGACCAGAUCCGAAGGUAAGUUCGCGAAAUCAGACCUCUGUUACUGAUAGCAAGAGACCUGGGGCUACUGGGCAGACCUUCCCAUCGCGCCCUGUCUCUGAGAGACCUAGGAGACCUUUGGGACGCCCCGACAGACUACCAUCUACCACUGAGACAGGACGUCCUGACAAACGACCGACUGCCACUGAGACAGACUCAACUCGGCCCUCAGUGGGCGGAACUCCGCCACGGCGACGUCGACCCCUCGGCCGACCUCAGCCUGGGUCCCCCGGACAGACCGUAUCGCCCCGACCGACUUCAGUAGGACAACCAGGACGACGACCUUCUCAGACACAGACGUCUCGCCCCGUGGACCGACAGCCUACGGACAACAGACCAGUAAAGACAUCUCGACCGGUAACGACUGCCUCAAGGUCAUCGACGACGACUCCGCUGCGUCCACCCAGUCCUUUCUCCUUCCGUCCUAGAACGACUGCCUCAAAGUCAUCGACGACGACCCCGCUACGUCCACCGAGCCCUUUCUCCUUCCGUCCUGGAACCGUCGACAUCGUGCCGAGCCUGGUGUUCAGCAUGCUGCCUCCCAGCGAGGAACCCUUCAGCGGCGUCCAGCCUGGAGGAUCCAGUGGUUCCAGUCCUGGAGACGUCGGUAGCGCCAGACCCCGAGAUCCAGAAAGCGUCGGUCUCGAAACACGCGCACCAGAGCCCCUCAAUCCGUCGGUCAUCAAGGCGCAGAACGAGGGAUUCUUCGGCUAUCUUCCCCCACCGCCGUAGCUUACAGAAUAUGGACUGCUGCUCCCUUCUGGUUUCCUGAGUGUGGGUUUGCGGUAGUGCGCACUUGGUUUAAAUUCGCAUCCCGGGAUACAGUAUCGAAGUCCAGGUAGUGUAGUCAAUAUGUAAUUAGUCACCUGUUUUCUAUGUUAGUGUUUUGAGAUAGGCGUGCCUUGUUAGAGAUUUCCUUGUUCAUCUUCGUUGGGUGUAUUGAAUUAGUUGUGCGCUAACAUAGCCAAAUAAAUAACGUCAUGAUAUUACACAUUUUUGUUGAGCUGCUUCAUAGAUAACCUAUCGAUUCAUAAUAAAUGAGUGGUGGACAUCGUAAAUAUUUGUUUCGAAGUGCCUAAGUAAGCACUGACUGACCCCACGUAAGAAACGAGCAUACUCUGCAGCAAAAAGGUUCCAGCAUAAUCAGGCUGAUGAAUGAAUAAUUGAAACUUUUUAGGGUAAACGGCAGAGGUAAACGUAACAUCAUUAUGCGCAUUG